AUUAUAAGAAAAUCCUAAAAAUGGCAUCUACUAUUUUGUAAACGUCUCUUAUCUAGAAUUUUGUUUUGAAAAUAUAUUUUCUGGAUUUAAUUUUCCAAUUAUUCCGACUCAAAAUCAUCAUACUAUUAUAUAGUCCUUAUCAUCCUGUAUAUUCUGGAAGCCACCUUCAUAAAAUCUCUCCAAAAUCUGAGCACUCAUCCAUGGCAUUUGCUCACUGUUUCCUUACACUCCCAACUCAUACUUCCAACUUUACCCGACCCUUUUUAUCUAGUUAUACUAAUUCUUUUUCUUCCCCAAAUCUUAAUACUCGCACUCUCUCUAAUUUCCCCAAGAAUUUGAGUAUCGCCCACAAAGCAUCUGUUAAGGCUCAAGCAUCUGAAGCCAGUGCAGCUGCAGAUGCUUUCACCAACUUCAAGCAUGUACUGCUACCAAUUACAGACCGGAAUCCUUAUCUCUCUGAGGGUUCAAGACAGGCUGCAGCAACUGCCGCUGCUAUGGCAAAAAAGUAUGGAGCUGAUAUAACAGUUGUUGUUAUUGAUGAAAAGGAGAAAGAAGCAUACCCAGAGCAUGAGACCCAACUAGCGAGCAUCCGGUGGCAUUUAUCUGAAGGUGGAUAUCAGGAAUUCAAGCUGUUAGAACGGCUAGGUGAAGGAAGCAAGCCAACAGCUAUUAUUGGUGAAGUUGCUGAUGAUAUGAACUUGGAUAUGGUAAUUAUGAGCAUGGAAGCUAUCCAUUCCAAGCAUGUAGAUGCAAACCUUCUUGCUGAGUUCAUCCCUUGCCCUGUAUUGCUUUUGCCCCUAUGAAGAAGAAAUGUAUCUGAAAAGCCAGUGGUGCUCGAUUUUAGGAUCAGGGAUAUUGGCGUUACCUCACUUGAAGUUUAUUACUAUCUUCGUGAUCAGGUCUCUGACCUUUUGAUAUCGUUCUCUGCUUCAUAGACCAUAAACGCAAGCUUUACAUUUGUGGUAAGUGGUAACAGAACAGAAAAAAGAAGCUGAUUCAUUGCAUCUUAAUCGUAAGGAGAUAUGGAUGUUGUCUACUCUUUAAGUGUAAAAGCCUUGCUCAGCUUGAAAGUAGAAUAGAUUUGUUACCUUUAUACUGAAUUACCGACUGAUAAUAACCUUUGCAUUCGUAUCUCAACUUUUUUCUUGAUACUGA